AUGCGAUUACUCAACACCUCUACGUUACAGGUGGAAGAGUUCCUGCAGAGCCAAGUGCCAGAUUACGUUAUCCUCUCGCAUACUUGGGGCUCUGAGGAGGUUACUCUGCAAGAUAUUCUGUCAAAUGUAGCGCCAUCGAAGAAAGGGUUUGCGAAGCUUAUCGGCUGUUGCAAAAGAGCUAAGGACGAUGGCUUCAAGUACUGCUGGAUUGACACUUGCUGCAUCGACAAAACCUCGAGCGCUGAACUAUCGGAGGCGAUCAACUCAAUGUACCAAUGGUACAAAGGAGCCUGUAUCUGUUACGCGUACUUGGAAGACGUGCAAGGCAACCCGCAGCUAGACGACUACAAAGCUUUCAGCAAAUCUCGAUGGUUUACACGUGGGUGGACCCUGCAAGAGCUCAUCGCUCCUGGCAUUGUAGAAUUCUACAACGUAUCAUGGGUAGACAUCGGGACACGAAGUAGCCUUCAGAAGAGACUGACGGGCAUAACUGGUAUCAACGAGAAGAUACUUACUGGUGGAAACCCUCUCAACUGCCCAGUUGCAGUAAGAAUGUCUUGGGCUGCGCGUCGAGAAACCAGCCGGGUUGAGGAUCAGGCUUACUGCCUUCUAGGAAUCUUUGGUGUCAACAUGGCUCUUCUUUACGGAGAAGGCCAUAGGGCGUUCCUACGACUCCAAGAAGAGAUACUUCGCAUUGACGAAGACUACACCUUGUUUGCCUGGGAUGUCAACUCAUCGACAGGGAGCCUUUUAGCCAGUUCGCCUUGGCAGUUUCGU